CUAAGGAGGAACCCGAGUCUGCGCACAACCAACCCAGUCGCAGCCAUAGCAGCCAGUCUCCACGGCGUAAACAAAUAUCCCUAUCGAUAGCUAGCUAAUACUGCAAUCCAAGAGGGGGGUUUAGCAAACGAUCGUUGUAAGCUACUAUUCAGAACAUGGCAACUUUCUGACAGUUUUGGAUUCAGGCAAUGGUAGAUGAUGAGUUUAAAAAAUUAGCCUUAGCUUGGGUUGGAUAAAGGUUUUGCGAACAUGUUUUUUUUUAGUCAACAGGCUAUCUGUGUUUAUCCUAGUCGAAGAGCUCUAACGUUAGCUAAACGCCAUUCGCUUGUCUGGUUGUGUUAAUUAAACGUUACAUCUAGUUAUUUGUUGAGGUUGAAUUUUUUGUAUCUUAACCAAGUUUUCGUUAUUAUUAACGCCUGUGGGUUUGUCAGAUAAGAUAGGCAACACCAAGCUAACGUUUAUCAUGAAUGGACUUUCCCGUUAAUUGGCUAUGCCAUCCGCUAUGUAAGUUAUCCUAGCUAGCGCAGUGUGUUAGCUUAUGUUAACAGUUGGUUUUGACAACUCCGUGGAAACGGGGAUGGUGUGGAAAGAUAAGUUCCGCACCUAGCUAGCCAGCACAUAUUAUUGUCAACCAUAGAAUUGUUUUCAACCUAGCUUUGCUUGUAUUCAAGCCUGAGCUAAAAAGUUGCAAAUCAGAUCUUUUAACUUGUCCCUCUACCGUGAUUGUAUAAUGGGGCCUUAAUCAGCGGUUAGCGUCUAGCGAUACCUAGCAGGUAAAUGUUUGAAGAUUCCCCUGAUUGUACACGGUGACAAUGGCUGAAUGCAGGUGGAAUAGCUGAGGUGUACGCCGAACGCUUGCUGGAGAGUGCGGUGGCAAGAGUCUGCGUCUCGCUGCAGGAGAAGUCGUGUCCAGUUGCGGAGGUGAAACUGACAUGUUCAGUCUGAUGGCGAACUGCUGCAACUGGUUGAAACGCUGGCGCGAGCCUGCAAGGAAAGUGACGUUGGUGAUGGUUGGGCUGGACAAUGCUGGGAAAACGGCUACAGUCAGAGGAAUCAAAGGAGAGAGCCCCGAGGAUGUGGCUCCCACUGUGGGUUUCUCCAAGGUGGACCUGAAGCAGGGCAAGUUCGAGGUGACGAUCUUCGACCUGGGCGGGGGCAAGCGGAUCCGGGGCAUCUGGAAGAACUACUACUCGGAGUCGCACGGCGUGGUGUUCGUGGUGGACUCCAGCGACACGCAGCGCAUCCAGGAGACGCGCGACACCAUGGAGGAGGUCCUCAGGCACCCGCGCAUCGCCGGGAAGCCUGUCCUCGUCCUGGCCAAUAAGCAGGACCAAGACGGAGCGCUGGCCGAAGCCGACAUCAUCGAGAGCCUCUCUCUGGAGAAGCUGGUCAACGAGAACAAGUGCCUCUGCCAGAUAGAGCCCUGCUCUGCUGUGAUUGGCUACGGUAAGAAGAUGGACAAGUCCAUCAAGAACGGCAUGAACUGGUUGCUUAGCAGCAUCGCGCGGGACUACGACGCCAUCACUGAGCGCGUGCAGAGAGACACGGCCGAGCAGAGGGCCCAGGAGGAUCAGGACAAGAAGGACCGCGCCGAGAGAGUCCGCCGCAUCCGAGAGGAGAGAGCUCGUUUGGAGCAAGAGGAGGCAGAGCGAGAAGGCCGGCCUCUUCAGGAGGAGGAGCCAGAUGAGGCCAUCAUAUCCAGCCCCUUCCAGCCAAUCACAAACGUCAUUAGUGAGAAUGAAGAGAGACUGAAGCAGGAGAAAGAUAAGCAGGGUGCUGCUGAUCAGAGGAACCAGCAACCUGUGCAGGAGGAGGAGGAAGAAGAGGAGGAGGAAGAGGAAGAGGUCGAGAGACACACGCCAGAGAGCACAGAGUCAGGUGUGGCUGAGCAGGCCAAGAAGAAGCCCAAGAAACUCCGGCUGAAGCGCAAGCACCGUGUGGACCCCCUCCGCACGGACGAGGGCCCGCUUGAGAGCCCCACACCACCUCCUCCACCAGUGGGCUGGGCUACUCCUAAAAUCAACAGGUUGCCCAAACUGGAGUCGCUGGGAGACACGAGGCACUCUGAUUUCUAUGGCAAGCCCCUCCCUCCCGUAGCCAUCCGGCAGAUGCCCAACAGUGAUACCCAUGAUGUCAUUUCCUAGCCCUGUGCUUUCAGCCAAUCACUAGCUUACAAACUCCUGGUCCCUCCAAUCACAGCUCUCCUGUGUUCUGUUCUGCUUCCAAGCGCGAGCUGUGUAGAAGGACACACACGGACCGCCAACACACUCUGAUGGGACAGAGCACACCCAAGACUCAAUACACACACCAGCCCAGCCCAGCCCAGCACAGACGCUGG